UAAGCCAUGGAGCAACUGCAAACUGCGUUAACCGCGAUCAAAGUCCUGCGAUCGAGUGUCGGGCAGGUUUUCGAUUCCCUGGGAAACGGCCUGAGAGCCGAUCAUGGUGAAGAUAACAAAGAAACAAAGUAUCUCCAGGAGCUCCAGGAACUUCUAACUACUGUUAACGGAAAUUUGAGAGAUGUAGAACAGGCGGUUAACACUCUGAACCCACCUCCGGGUCCGUUCAAUCUUGCGAGUACGACGUACCUGAGCCAGGAGACAACACAGGAAAGACAAGCGCUCUACGGCACAUUGGUAAACAGUUAUAAGUGGACGGAUAAAGUUCACGAGUACAGCAACGUCGCCCAAACAUUGCUCAGUCAGAACUCUUUGAAACGUUCGUACACAAACUCUAGCAGAGCAAAGAGAGGAAGGUCGCAAACGAGCAGCCACAACGUUCCUCCGCAGCAGGUCGACUCUGUCAUUACGACGAUAGACAGACUCUUCAACGACAUGACGGUAACUGUUUCACGACCGUUCGCCUCCAAUGCCGUGCUCCAUGUCACGCUUGGUCACGUUUUGAAAGCUGUGAUUGCAUUCAAGGGAUUGAUGAUCGAGUGGGUGGUCGUAAAAGGGUACGGAGAGACGAUGGAUUUGUGGACGGAAUCGCGACACAAAGUGUUCAGAAAAGUUACGGAGAACGCACACGCCGCAAUGCUUCACUUUUAUUCACCUGCCUUGCCAGAACUCGCUGUUCGAUCGUUCAUGACCUGGUUCCACAGCUUGAUUAAUCUGUUCAGUGAACCUUGCAAACGAUGUGGAUUACACCUUCACAGCGCCCUGCCGCCUACUUGGCGAGAUUUUCGUACUCUGGACCCUUAUCAUCAAGAGUGCAAACCUUAGUUAUCAAACGCCUGUAAUUUAUUACGUCUGAUAAUAAACUAGAAAUCUAUGUACACACAACUUGGUGUUGUUAGUGUGUACUAACGAAAAGGCGCUACUUCGUUUCAAUCAUUUUUAUUCAAUGAAUAACAAAAAUGAUGAAUGAUUGGAAUGAAAUUUCGAUGGAUAGGUAGUUUUUCCAAGCAACCGAUCAUCGCAUU